AUGGCUAUGUCUAGGGUUUUCUUUUCCGAUCUGAAGUCCGGUCGUUGCUCCUCAACCGUCGAAGUCCACCUCCUCCGGUUCUGGGAGGCACGGAAUCCACGCCGUGGAGGGGAGCUGAUGUGGAUCGAUAUUUUAAUGGUCGAUGUUAAUGCGACCAUCAAUGCCAGCCGUGUGGGAACUUUCCGGCCAAAACUCGCCGUCGGUAGUAUGUACUCCCUGUCCGGUUUUGAUGUCGGUCGAUGUGGUCCUAAUUUCCUAGAUCUAAGUUCAGUGUAUAUCAGGCCAUGGCAUCCAAUGGUCAGCAUUAGCAGGCUUCCUGGAACGUGUUAA